UCCCUCCUUGUGAAAAGUAGUAACGUGAGGUUGCGUUAAUGGCUUAAAAAAUAAAAUAAAAAUAAAAAACGUUUACACGUUGUUUUAUGUAACCUUUCUGGAAAGAAUUUAGAUAGCGUUCUGUAAACUAUAACGUUUCCAGAAGGUGGAGAGACAAGACAGUAAGACUGUGUGCCGGAGCCCGGUCUCGAGUGAGUUUCCAUUGCUCUGCUAUGUUGCUUGCGGCCGCUUGGUGAGCACGCUGGAAUUAAAUUAUUAUAUUUAAUUGGGGGAACAGCUAUAGUUUCUCAUCUGCAAGAGAUUAGCCUAAAUCCUGGAACAUUGGGAGAUUUCAAGAAGGAAGUGGAAAUGACAACUUACAAACCAUUAAGAGUUCAAAGCUACCCAAAGCUUGGAGAGAAAGUCACCCAAGACACCAUAUACUGGAAAAACUAUAAGACUGCAGUCCAGAUAAAGGAAUUUGGUGCAGUUACAAAAAUCGACUUCUCUCCACUCUCACCAUAUAAUUAUGCUGUAACAGCAUCUACCAGGAUCCAUAUCUAUGGCCAGUACUCUCAGGAACCAAUCAAAACCUUCUCCCGGUUCAAAGUCCCAGCCUACUGCGGCACCUACAGGGACGAUGGCAAGCUGCUUGUGUCUGGCAGUGAAGACGGGGUGGUGCGGCUCUUUGAUAUUGAUGGGAAGGGAAUACUCCGCCAGCUGUCAGGGCAUACCAAGGCUGUACAUGUAGCAGACUUCACAUCAGACAAAUACAGGAUAUUAUCAGGAUCAGAUGACUACACAACGCGACUUUGGGACAUCGCGAAUUCCACGCAAUUACUGUCCUACAGUGAACAUACAGAUUAUGUACGCUGUGGGACCACGAGCAAAUUGAACCCAGACCUUUUUGUUACAGGUUCAUAUGAUCACACGAUAAAGGUUUUUGAUGCAAGAACAGACAGCAGCGUGAUGACAAUGGACCAUGGCCAGCCAGUGGAGAGUGUCUUGCUGUUCCCUUCAGGGGGGCUUCUAGUGUCUGCAGGUGGCCGCUAUGUGAAAGUCUGGGACAUGUUGAAAGGAGGGCAGGAGCUAGUAUCUUUAAGAAAUCAUCACAAAACAGUGACGAGUCUAUGUCUGAGUAGCUCAGGACACAGAUUACUUUCUGGAUCGCUUGACAGGCAUGUCAAAGUAUACAGCACAACAAACUACAAAGUAGUUCAUAGCUUUGAUUAUGCAGCAUCCAUUCUGAGUCUUGCACUAGCGCCUGAAGAUAAGGUGAUUGUUGUGGGAAUGACAAAUGGAGUGCUGAGCGUUCGACACAAGAAACAAGCAGAAGACAAACUGGGGGCCGCAAAUAUACAGAGGAGGCGGCCAGCCUAUCGCUUCUUUGUGAAAGGGAAGGACUACAUGCCAAAGCAGGAUGACAUUUUGGUCAGCAAACCAGUCAAAAUACACUUGAAAAAGUAUGACAGGCAGCUCAAGAGUUUUGAGGUGUCAGAGGCUCUCAACACAGUCCUACAGCCACACAUCCGAGUGAAGAGCCCAGAGGUGACCGUUGCAGUCAUGCAGGAGCUGAACCGCAGAGGCACUCUGAAGAGUGCACUUGCAGGUCGAGAUGAGAAGAAUCUCACAAUGCUGCUCAGCUUCUUAAUCAGGCACAUAGUUGAUCCAAGGUUUGCACCUGUUUUAGUAAAUGUGGCAGAUAUGAUUCUGGAUAUCUACAUUCUGGUUGUGGGCCAGUCGGCAGUGAUUGAUAAACAGUUUGUAAAGCUGCAGGAGCUGAUAGAGAAGGAGAUUGAUUACCAGGAGGAGCUGGUAGAGGUUCUGGGGAUGAUGGACACUCUGUUCGCUACCAUGACUGCCAAGAAAGAGGCAGCAGCACCCGAGAGGAAACCCAACAGGCCUGUGGACGGACAAGAACCGAGCGUGACGAUGGAGACGGCCUGACGUCCUGCAGUAAUACACCUGCAGAAAAGGGGCUGGCCUUCAAACAAAUACUGAUACCGCCACUGGACAACUGUUCACACUGAGGUUACUAAAAUACUGUCAUAUGUAACGAUAAGACGGUACCCAAAAAGUUUCUAGGAGUUGUUUGCUACUAUAUAAUGUACCGUUGCAAGAUACACUGCCUGUGCUUUUUAAUGCAUCUUUUCCCCGUCGGUUCUGGGAAUGCAUUAAGCCAACUAAAGCCAUUCUGUGUGUAAAGGAAUUUAUAUUGUAGUGGAGCUGUGUUGUUUCUAAACAUUUUGCCUUUUGAUGGCUUUUUUUUUUUUUUUGGACAAGGACUAUUUUAUUAUCAAAAUAGUUAAUUUACUGACUCCAGACAAUGCAACAGUAUAUUGUACAAGAGUAAAACUUUGAAUGAAAUGGGAAA